AUGUCGCAAAUACCAUCAAGCUAUCAGUGUCAAUGCAAGUCAUGCUCCACUAGUACAUAUCAUACUCGCUCAGUGUCAAAGGCUUGCACGAACCGAGUAUCGGCUCGGGAGCAGCAGUCUGAAGUGCCAGGUUCAGCGCUGCUGGGGUCACGCCAAUCAUCACAUCAGACCAGUGGUAGAAAGGGGCAUCUGGUGUCGAGACUCAUGCAAUCUAUAAUUCGUUAUUGGGGCUUAAUGAUGCUGGACCAGGAGGUGCUCAAAAGCCAAAGCCAGCCGGACGAUAUACCAUCCAGUCCUGCUACUACUCUCAGCAAUGAUAACACGAGCGAUGGGGGGUCUACCGCCAGUCUUUCCAAACAUGAUAGAUCCUCGGAUGUUGAAGAAGAAUCUGUCGGUGGCUCAGAGAAUCAGGGAGAUUCAAUGAACCAGACAGAUCACGCGUCAAAUGAAGGUGCAGAUCUAACGAAGUUCACCUUAAACAGUCUUUUGUUAGGUGAGGAACUCAAGAGGCUUCAAGUCUGGAAAACAUCGUUUUCCAACGAGGAGCUGGAUAUGUUACCUACUAUCGACCAUGAAGUUGCACAAAGCGUACUAAAGUGCUUGACGAGCGUGGCCAGCAUACUGAUCGAAGGGUCAACAGAGGAAUGGCGAAUCACAUCGGAGCCAGACGAUCUUGGGACUGAAGGGGCAAUUCUAGAGAGCCUCCUGGAAGAGAUAGAGACAAAAGCAUCGGAAAACAAUGUCGAGAAUGAGGCAAUGACGGACUGUAGUGGUAUCUCAGAGUCAGACGAGUCUUACUUGACGGUUGGAAAUCCAAGCUUAAUUAAGGCUCUCAAAUAUGAGAUCGACAGACUUCAAUUGCUUUCUCACUCUUUGCGCCUUGGAAUAAGGACCAGAGUCAUAUUUACAAAUAGCUGA